AUGCUGGAAACAAAAACAUGCCGGCCAGGCUUGUGCUCUCUCCGGGGCUGUAGUAUCCCUACCGGAGCUGAUCUCACUGUGCUUUCCCUCCAUUCGUUCUUCUGGCGCCACCGUGCGGACACCAUUACCGCUCUUCUCGCAGUGUACGCUCUGGGCAUCUACGUGGACGCGCCCGCGGCCAAGUCGACCCUGUCAGCAUUUAAGAAGAAGCCCGUGGAGGACUUGGUCAAGGACCAGAGCUUUUAUGACGCCCCCCAUCAGCACUGCCUGCCUGGAUCUUCUGCCGGUUGCCUGCCUCCCCACCCUUUCCGCGCCUGCCCACACGCCUAUCCGCCUGUUCACGUCGUGGUCCCAGCCGUGGUGGCGGCCCCCAAUGUGGAGAAGACCCUGCGACUGGUGAUCAGCUCACGACUGGUGGACCGCAAGAAGUUUCUUGAGGCGCUGGAGGAGCGUCUUGCUCCCAGGCUGAAGCAGGCCGGCGAGCCAGGGACGCUGGAGGAGUUUCGCAAGCAGUUCGACGGAGUGCACUUCGAGAGGGGCCUCGAGAUCGCCUUCACCUGCCCGGACAACAAGAAGCUGGUCACCAAGGUCGGGGGACAGCAGAAGGGCACCAUCAGCUCGGGUGCUCUGUGCUCCUCCCUCUUCGACAUCUACUUAGGAUCUGACCCGGUCUCUAAUGAAGCCAAGACGACCUUCGGCAAGAGCCUUGCCGCCAGUUUCCACGAGCGCUAAAGAGGAGGAGGCGACAGGGUGAUUGCCGUUUUGCUGCAGCAGUCUCCGCCUUCGAUUCGUUUCCUUCUUAGCGCCAUCGCUCGGUCAAGAUUGCCCGUUCCUUUACAAAACAAGUAUUACUAUUUCACUGGACCCUAAGAGUUGCUGCAAUAUGAGCACCAACCGCUGACGGAUAAAGCUCAUGUGCCUGAAGAUUGAAGCUCAUGGCGUCGUCGGUUGGCGAUAAGGAUUCAUGAGCUUGUAAGGACAGACGAGCCC